UGUCCUUGAAAGAUUCCUCACUUUUCUCCUCCUAUAAAUACUCUCUUCAUCCGCCACAACUGCACUUCCUAUUCUCACCCAUCUCAACUUCUCUGUAUUAAAUCUCUCUGUUUCAUGACCUCUGUUUUCCGACAGUAAUGCCAAGCAUUGUAGACAAAUUCCCUGGAAACCCACCUAUGAAGACACAAAUGCUACAAACUGGAGCUCAAGUUUGCCUUACAAUUUUGACGAUCGCGACUACAUUGGCUGCAACAUGGUUGGUUCUUACUGAUAAGCAAACCAUUGAAAUAUUUGGCAUAAAAAUCGACGCUCGAUACAGCUACUCCCCUGCUUUCAAGUUCUUCGCUUUUGCAAACGUUAUUGCAUGUGGGUUUUCUGCUCUGUCCUUGUUGACGUUUUUCGUUAUUUGCCGUCAAGGAUCAAAACCCAACUCACAUUUCUUCUUGUUCCUCCAUGAUCUGUUGAUGAUGGCGUUGGUGCUGGCGGGAUGUGCGGCGGCGACGGCGAUAGGGUACGUGGGGCAGUAUGGGAAUAGUCACAUUGGAUGGUUGCCAAUAUGCGAUCACUUCGGCAAAUUCUGUCACAAACUGAUUUGCUCUAUUGCGCUCUCUUUCGUCUCCGUUCUGUUCCUCCUCUCGCUUACUAUCAUGUCGGCAGUCAGGUCUAGGCAUAUUCAGGUUUAGAAAAUAAGAAUCUACACUGUUUCCAUUGGUGGGUGAGAAGAAAGCAGGGUUGUAAAUUUGUCAUGAUCGAUGUUGUUAAUGGUAGUAAGUAGUAAGUGAUGAAAUUGGGUAUAUUUGUGUAAUUCUUAUGGCUGCGUCUUUGGUUGAUUGAAGCCAGACCAGCUUUGUGAUCUCCUUUCUCAUGUAUCCCCCAUAUUUGGCUAA